AUGUUUUAUGAUUAUAUAAUUUAUGCACUCUAUGAUUUCAUGCAUUUCAACUUUGAAUACCAUAAUUGGAGGUAUAACUUCCAAGUCUGUCCAUCUAAUUUGAAGGAAACCCCCCAAUGGAUGUCUGUUGGUGUUUUUUGGGAAUUGGGGGCUAGAAAAUGGAAGUUGUUUUUCCAACCUCAUAAAUUCAUGUGGAAUAUUUUGCAAUCAUUCACUACAUUAGUGGUAUUCAGAGUUGAGUGGAAAUGCCUUUCAAAAGGGUUUGCCAGUCAAUCUGCACAACAAAGCAUGCAUGUUCAGCUCCCAUUACUCAUUAAAAGGUUGGCCAAAAACCCUACUACUGACCCGCUUGAGGGCAGAACAACAAGCGCUUCAGGAUUUGUGAUCAUGGAUUCUAUCACUCUUGGACUUGGAACGACUGACAACGCUUUGAAUCGAUUGAACUUGGAAUCUCAAUUCUUGAGCUUGGAACUUGACAGACGCUUUGUGCAGAAUUGUAUGACCAAUCAAAGCUCAAACCCGCAAGAGACUGUCCAUCGCCAAUUGCUCAAGACCACCCCUGCUGAUGCAAGAAUGGCUUGCAGUCGGAUCAAGCCCCCGCUGACCCACUCCAAGAAGUGA